GAUGAGGGAGUGGAGGAGCAGGAAGAAGGGAAGAAAUGGGACUCACCUCAUCAAUCAGGAACUGGGGUGGUGGUGUCUGAGAGUCGACGGGAGGGAGCGCUACCUCUGCCUAGAGAGAGGGAAGAGAGAGGAUUUUAUGGGGGUGAGGAGGCCUUGCCUGGGGACAGGGACCAGGCCCUUCAGCAGACACCUGUCCUCCUGGUCCAGCAGGCUGGUGGAUGUACUGCUAACAAGAGCCCAGGUGACCUGUCAGGCCUCUCUUCUGAUGGCUGCAGCGGGGGACUGUACAGGGCCGGAGCCCGCUACGGUGGCCCUGCAGGGACCUCAUUAGGGACUGUUGUAUUCCACCUGCAGAGAAAAGACGGAGGGACGGAAGAAGGAACUCACCACGCCCACCUCCCACUGGCCAGCAGCAGCUCAACAUACACACAGACCUCUCCCUCUCGGUUUGACACACACACUGGCUCUCUGUCCCAGCUCAACACACAGACCCACAACCAGACAGAACACACUGCCUCUCUGUCCCAGCUCAACACACAGACCCACAACCAGACAGAACACACUGCCUCUCGGCUGGACAGACACAGACGCAGCCAGGCUGUACGUGGCCUAUCGCUAGCGGCCUUGGAGGGCCAGUUCAGUCGCGGCGUGAUGAAUCGAUCCAGGACCACGGUGGAGGGCCAAGUGGAGGAAGAGGUGGAGGAAGAGGUGGAGGACACCCAGGCUGGGGCUAGGAGGGAGGAGGAGGUUCAGCAGGGCUUUAGCUUUAGGCUGGGUUCUCUGGUUAGCAGGGUGUCUAGGGGUGAGGAGGAGGCGCAGGAGGAGAGCCAGUUCUCUGCCUCUGGGCUGGGUGGUCUGGUUAGAAGGGUGUCCCGUAUAUCUGGGCUUGGGGGGGAGCAGGUGCUAGACUCUCCGGGGGAAGAGGGCUCUGUCUCUGGGAGGGGUUCUCUGGUCAGCAGGGGGGUCUCCUGGAUGUUCCCGGACGCGGGGUGUCUCUUGCGCUGCUCCCCCCCGAGAGUCCUGCAGCAGGUCUGGGACAGUACAGGAGUUCUGCAGCCUGGAGCUAGAGGAAGGGCUGGAAGUCUGCAGCCUGGAGCCUGGGGAGGAGCCAGCUCCAGCUGGUCAAGUCAGGUUGUCUCCAUGGUGAAGGAGAAUCGGGUGCUGUCAAUGGUCAAAGACAGCCAGGUCUUCUCAUUUGUCAGAGAGAGUCACAUGUUCUCCUAUGUUAAAGACAGUCAGGUGUUCUCUAUGGCCAGUGAGCUGCCAUUGGUGCAACACUUAAACACAGCGCUAACUCAAGACUUCAGGAGCAUUCCCAUUGCGCUCACUCAGGAUCUUCAGCCAGUGGAGUCAACUGGAAUACAGCAGAGAGCUAUUGUCCUCAACACAGCACCAAAAAUAAACCUUACAACCCACAAUACUGUCCUCAGCCCAGCAACAAGCCUGUACCUAGCCCAGAAUGCCAUUGAGUUCCCACAUAAACAGAACACCGGUAAAGAAGUGGAUCGGAGAACAGGGGAACAGAAUCUCAUCAGAAAACUGGAGUGGACACCGGUGCCGGAGGGCAGAGAGGAUGCUCUAUCUACAUCAGAGGAACAGAGUAUAACCAAGGAGGAGCUGUGGUCACCAGGGGACCAGAUAGAGGAGGACCCACAGUGUGUCACCGAUGGAGCCAACGGCAGCAAGCCACAGUCCCCUCCAGAGCAGGGGGACAACGCCAGGUCCGCAGGUCCAGAGAAGAGCUCUGUGCCUGGGCAGAGGACUGAGGGUGUCCAGGUAUAUUACCAGAGACUGGUGGAGUUCCCAGGGGCUCUGGUUAAACUCCAGUCCCUUCCCGUGUCCACCCUCCUGGGCUGUCUCCAAUCCGUCCUCCCCUCUGUCUUCACCUCUCAGAGACUACUGGCUCUCUGCUGGCUGGGCGUGGCCAACUGCAGCCAGCCCCGCCCACACCCUUCCCUCGUUCUCCUGUUGGAGUCCUGCCUCUACGCCCUGACCCUUGACCCCGACACGCCCGAUCAGACUAUGCCUCUGACAGUGUUCCAUCACCUUCCGCUGCUGCAGAUCAAGGAGAUCCAGGUGGGUUUUGGCGGUCAGAGCCUACGCCUCACGGCCUCCAGUGAGCAGAGUGUCCUCACUCUCUACACCCACAGCCAGACCUUCACCCAGUCCCUCACCCUCACCCUGCUAGGGGUGGUCUCCCCUGGGGACCAGCGAGUGGCACAGCACCCCCAUCCUGAAGGAGGACCUGAUGGAGCUGUCACUGAGCUGGAAGGCCCAGGUACCUGACCUGCUGUUGGGUGCUGGGCUCAGGCUGUCUGGUCAGUUCCACAAGACCCUAGCUGACCUGGUGUAUCUACUGCAUGGCAACAUGGACAGAGAGAAGCCUAGUCUGGGAGAGAUCAGAGUGCUGCUCUACACUAGCGUUGGUGUGACAACGACCCCUGACCCCAGACCUGACCCCUGGUCUCAGCUCCUCCUCACAGACACACACCUGGGACUGGUGCAGGAGAAUGCAGUGUUCCGCCCAGCUCCGCGCCACCUCCCCCUGCUGUCCCGCCAUGCCCAGUUCCAGAGGGUGGCCCUCCGGUGCCGUUCUGACAUCCGCUGUUUGAUGGUCCGAGAUGAGGCCGGGAAUGAAGGUGGGGCAACCAGACUGGACAUCAUCCUAUCUCGGAGGACCAGGGGAGAGAGGUGGGACAGACCUAGAGGACACCCUGACAGAAGAGGCGCCGGAGCCGCCGGAGCCGCCGGAGCCGCCGUCCUGUCCUCUAAUCCAUGUGCUCCGCAGCAGCUGCAGGAGGCUGAAGUGUGGAAAUUACAUUUCAGCUGCUCGUCGGAGGCCGCCUGUCUGAUUAAUCACUUGUCAAACGUCUGAAUGGUCACUGAUCAAGGACUGGACAGACCACAAUGAUCUAUAGCUUAGACAGCACCGGACUGAACAGAAGAACUGGUACCUAACUCGCACUGAGGUGACGUCAAGGUGUAUGUUCGCUCACUGAGAUGACGUCAAGGUGUAUGUUUGCUCACUGAGAUGGUCAUCAAGGUGUAUGUUUGCUCACUGAGAUGGUCGUCAAGGUGUAUGUUUGCUCACUGAGGUGACGUCAAGGUGUAUGUUUGCUCACUGAGAUGACGUCAAGGUGUAUGUUUGCUCACUGAGAUGGUCGUCAAGGUGUAUGUUUGCUCACUGAGAUGGUCGUCAAGGUGUAUGUUUGCUCACUGAGAUGACGUCAAGGUGUAUGUUUGCUCACUGAGAUGACGUCAAGGUGUAUGUUCGCUCACUGAGAUGACGUCAAGGUGUAUGUUUGCUCACUGAGUGGCAGUCAAAGAUGCAAAACAGUGCAUCUCAAAACAACAAGAUGGAGAAUAUCUCUACUAUGAAAGUAUUUAGGGCCAGUUUCCCGAACACAGACUAAGAUUAGUCAUGGACUUAAAAGCAUGCUCAAAAGACAAUCUCCUUAUACUGCAACUUUCGUCCAGGACUCGGGUUAAUCUGUGUCCAGGAAUCAGGCCCAUAGGGUAUAUGAAUAUAUUGAUGAUAUGUUUAAAUUUUGUUCAAUGUUUCCAUGCACUGAUUUCUAUGGAAUUUUCACAUCCCAUUUUCCACGUUAAUUUGAGUCUUUCUGAAAUGUACUUUUCUUUGUCUCCUGUUUUACAUGCUGUGUUAUUGUUUGUUUGUUUUUUUCAUUCGCUGUUCAUGUUGUUUUUGUUUACACUGUAGAGGGACACUUGAUUCUACUGAAUAUAGGCCAUUUUUAAGGAUAGGUAUGCAAAGUGUCCAAAUAAUUGCAGGGUAAGCCUUUUGACCACACAAAGACCAGUGUUAUACCUCAAAUAUUUAAAUGUUUGUGUUUUAUGGACAUAUGUAAACAAUAAAAAAAUUAUUUUACGGCAAAUAAUGUCAUGCAGUCUAAGAAUUAAUUAUAUUUGUGGAAAAUUUGCCUGACUUUGUAGUUUUUAGACACUUGUGUCUUUAAAAAUAAACAUUAAAAUGAUCAUGUUUACAAUGCUGCAGGUGGAAAAGCAGUUUUUUUGUUUAGGUUUCUAAAGUAA